CACGAAUAUUAUUGCAAAAUCAAUCCAUUAUUGAUUUGACGAGUGUUAGUUCACAUCACGUCCUCAACACUCUUCAGUAAUAUCAAGCCAUCUUCUCCGACGACUUUUCUCUUCACCAACAAACUCGUCUCGACCAAAUGCAUCAAGAUAAUGUUGGUAAGAUUGUACUUGCACACGUGGCGGCCGCAGCCUCGAUCGGAAUAAUCUCGGCCGGCGUCAUGCAUUUCCGUCAACGCCGAUCAAAGCCCUCAAAGUACUACGACCAUCUUGCUCCGCUCUUGUACCGCUCCGAAUCCGGCCGUCUACCCAAUAUCGAAAGAUUUUCCCAUUAUCUUGCAAGGCAAAUGGGAUUUAAAGAUGAGAGUGAGUGUCCAGGAUUGGUAAAGUUGGGGUAUGAGUACAUGAAAAGGACCAAAGAUGCUGACGAGAAGAUAUUUGAGUAUUUGGCGAAUUUGCCAAAUGCUGAGCGUUUGUAUGUGAAAUUGGUUGAAGAAUUUGAGAGAUGCAUUCUUGGGUAUUUGGCCUUUCAUUGGACCCAUGCCCCUCAAAUCAUCACUCAGAUAUUAAGUGUUGAUUCGGAACAAAAAAAGCUCAAGAACCUUGUGAUGGCCGCUACGAGGAAGCAAAGGUUUGAUAAGAUAACAAAAGAACUAAAAGUGACGAGGAUGUUUUCGACACUAGUGGAAGAAAUGAAAGCAAUCGGGACUGUCUCGAACGUGAUGGCCCCAGUGGCCCUAAGCGAAAGAAGCCCUGUCCUCCUCCUUAUGGGGGGUGGCAUGGGCGCUGGCAAGAGCACCGUCCUCAAAGACGUCAUGAAAGAAUCAUUUUGGUCUAGUGCAGGUGCAAAUGCGGUUGUCGUGGAGGCCGAUGCUUUCAAGGAGACGGAUGUAAUCUACCGUGCUUUGAGCUCACGCGGGCAUCACCAGGACAUGCUACAAACAGCUGAGCUGGUGCACCAAUCAUCAACAGAUGCGGCUUCAUCGCUCCUCGUGAGUGCCCUUAAUGAGGGACGUGAUGUGAUAAUGGAUGGGACUCUCUCGUGGGAGCCUUUUGUGGAGCAAACAAUCUCAAUGGCAAGGAAUGUUCACAAAACUCGGUACCGAAUGGGAGAAGGGUAUAAGGUCUCGGAGAAGGACGGUACUGUGACUGAGAACUAUUGGGUUCCGUGCGAAGACGAAGAUAAUAUUAGUUGUGUUAGGAAGCCAUACAGGAUUGAGUUGGUUGGGGUUGUUUGCGACCCCUAUCUUGCUGUCGUUAGAGGCAUCAGGAGGGCAAUACAGAUUGGGAGGGCUGUGAGAGUGAAGUCACAGUUGAAAUCCCACAAGAGAUUUGCUAGUGCAUUUCCGAGAUACUCUCAGCUUGUGGAUAAUGCCAGGCUAUAUUGCACAAAUGCCCCGGGAGGUCCACCAAGGCUGAUAGCAUGGAAAGAUGGAGGCUGCAACCUAUUAGUUGAUCCCGAUGAAAUUAAAUGCCUAACAUCGGUUAGCGAGUUGAACGAUGAAGCUGAGUCGAUUCAUGAGCUGUACAAAGAGGCAGGCCAAAUGUAUGAUCAAGGCUCCGUUUGGAAAGACAUAGUCUUGAUUUCUACAAGAGCAAGUGUUCAGCUGGAGCUCAAAACUGCUGUCAAGAAAAUCGAAAUCACCGCUGCCUAAAUUAUUAUCUGAGAAGGAUUUGUUAUUCUGUUUAUCAGCCAUUUUUAAUUAGUUUGUAAUUUGAUAUGAUCAUGGUCUGCAAUGUGCAAAUGUGAUGUUGCUGCAAAACAAAGGCAACGAUCUGUUAUGGACAGUGCUAUGUGGAGUUGUUGAAAUGUUAUCUUUUAGAUUGAUCCCUAAAAGCUUGGUUGGUCGAUCAUUCACUACUAGAAUUUGGUGCAUUAGUAACAAAUUUUGCAACGGAUUAGUAUUGGUGCCAUAAUUACAGUAUUAGUAACAUAAUAUUGCAAUGGAUUUAUAAAGGUG